CGAGCACAACACAAGAACACGCUUUCAUACUCCGCACAAACUGCACAACCAUCUCUCCGCGGACGCUGUCGAUACUACGAUCUCACCACGACUGCUGCCUCCGCUGUCGACAUGGCGCAAGGAGCGCCCAACGCCGGCAACAAUGCCUUCAAGGACAAGGCCAAGCCGCAGGCCGUUCGCGAAGCCAACAUCACAGCUGCCAGAGCCGUCGCCGAUGCAAUUCGAACUUCUCUGGGCCCGCGUGGUAUGGACAAGAUGAUCCAGACGGGCAAGGGUGAGACCAUCAUCACCAACGACGGCAACACCAUGCUCCGCGAUUUGGGCGUGAUGCAUCCUGCGGCAAAGAUGCUCGUCGACCUGGCCAACGCUCAAGACAUCGAAGCAGGCGAUGGUACAACCUCAGUGGUCGUGAUCGCUGGCAGUCUGCUCGGCGCUGCCGAACGUCUGCUGGCAAAAGGCAUCCACCCCACCAUCAUCAGCGAGAGUUUUCAGAGAGCAGCAGCUCGUGCGGUCCAGAUCCUGAGCGACAUCUCUGUGCCUAUUGACCUUGCAGAUCGACAAACACUCCUCAAGGCUGCAUCUACAUCGCUCUCCUCCAAGAUCGUGGCGCAGGAGCCCAAACUUGCACCGAUGGCUGUCGAUGCCGUGCUACGGACCAUCAACCCAAACAACGCACAAAACGUGGACCUUCGCAACGUCCGCAUUCUCAAAAAGGCGGGAGGGGUCAUUGACGACUCAGAGAUGGUAGAUGGGCUGGUAUUGAGUCAGCAGGCGAUCAAGAGUGCUGGAGGUCCAACGCGGAUAGAGAAGGCCAAGAUCGCCCUCAUUCAGUUCCAGCUGAGCCCGCCGAAACCAGAUAUGGAGAAUCAGAUUGUUGUCAACGACUACAGGCAGAUGGACAAGAUCCUCAAGGAGGAGCGGACAUAUCUGCUGAACAUGGUCAAGAAGAUCAAGAAGGCGAAGUGCAACGUCCUCCUUAUCCAGAAGAGCAUUCUGCGGGACGCGGUCAACGACCUGAGCUUACAUUUCCUAUAUAAGCUCGGCAUUCUCGCCAUCAAGGACAUCGAGAGGGACGAAGUGGAGUUCAUCUGCAAGUCAACGGGCUGCAAGCCUAUUGCUGAUAUCGAUUCUUUCACUGAGGACAAGCUUGGAUCUGCCGAUCUGGUCGAGGAAGUGUCGAAUCUAGGAUCCCGCUACGUGCGUGUGUCGGGCGUCAAACACACAAAUGCCAAUGCCCCCAAGACUGUGUCCAUUGUGGCGCGAGGAGCGAACCCAUUGAUUCUGGAUGAGGCCGAGCGCAGCUUGCACGAUGCCAUGUGCGUCAUUCGCUGUCUUGUCAAGAAGCGGGCUCUUUUGCCUGGUGGUGGCGCCCCAGAAAUGGCCGUCGCGACUAAACUGAGCCAAGAUGCUCUCACCUCACAGUACCCAGACAGCGUAUGCUUCAAGGCAUUUGCGGAUGCCCUUGAGAUCAUUCCGGUAACCCUGGCUGAGAAUGCAGGUCUCAACAGUAUCAAGGUUGUCACAGAACUAAGAGCACGUCACGCAAAGGGCGAGGCAAACGUGGGUGUCAGCAUCAAGCGAGGCGGCGUGGGCGUAAUGGGAGGAGACGACAAGAGCGCUACUGGCGAAGGCGUGAUGCAACCGCUGCUCGUCAGUACUAGCGCUUUCGAGUUGGCCAGCGAGACCGUGAAGAUGAUUCUCAGGAUCGACGACAUUGCCUUGUCGAGAUAAUGAUUGAUCAUGAUCGUGCGGUUUGCUUCUUGCCGGAUGGGACUGAUGGAGUCGUCUGGAAAAGGACGCGCUGCUGGCGCGAUGGGAGGUGCGGUAUUUAGACUGGCUUGAGCCUUGCCAGAGAAGCAGAGAUGUGCCUGCUUUGAGCACAUGGUCUCAUUGUGAAGUUAAAAGUCCUGAGAGUCUGGUGUGGCCGAUCCUGCAUUAUCAUGAUGCAAGGAAUAAUGAGGUUUCCGAGACCGAUCGCUAUAUUGAUGUAGCCAUAGCCACAGCCAAAGCCAAUGACCGAGCAGAGC